AUGGGUUCUUUGCUUCUUGGAUCUUUCCCUAAAGCUUCUCCUGUUACAACUGGUGGAAGUUGCUGGAGUAAAAAUUACUAUGCAAGCUCUUAUGUAAUAAAAGCUUCAUGGUACAAAACUGAGAAAGUACAGAAUGAAUAUCCUAACGUGAGGCCUCAACAGUAUAAUUUGAAGCAUCACUACAAAGGAGGAUCCAAAUCCCAAGAAUGUGCUAGAAAUUGUGUUGUGAAUGCAGCCUCUGGACAAUCAUUUGAAUCUGAACCUCAAGAUCAUGAUUCAAGAAGCAUUUGGGGUUCUUUCAAAGAUGCCUUGGAUGCUUUCUACAGGUUUAGCAGGCCACACACAGUAAUCGGUACAGCAUUAAGCAUAAUAUCUGUGUCUCUCCUUGCAGUGGAGAAAUUAUCAGAUAUAUCUCUGCCAUAUUUUAUUGGGGUGUUGGAGGCUGUGACAGCUGCACUUUUUAUGAAUGUUUAUAUUGUUGGUUUGAAUCAAUUAUCUGAUGUUGAAAUAGACAAGAUAAACAAGCCAUAUCUUCCAUUGGCAUCAGGGGAAUAUUCCUUUGGAACUGGUGUCAUUAUUGUUGCAUCAUUUUCAAUUCUGAGUUUUUGGCUUGGGUGGAUUGUAGGUUCAUGGCCAUUAUUUUGGGCUCUUUUCAUCAGUUUUGUACUAGGAACUGCUUAUUCAAUCAAUUUGCCCUUGUUGAGAUGGAAGAAAUUUUCAGUGCUUGCAGCCAUGUGCAUCCUGGUUGUUCGGGCAGUAGUAGUUCAACUUGCAUUUUUUCUUCACAUGCAGACCUGUGUGUACAAGAGACCACCUAUGUUUUCAAGAUCACUGAUUUUUGCUACGACAUUCAUGAGCUUUUUCUCUGUAGUUAUAGCAUUGUUUAAGGAUAUACCUGACAUUGAAGGAGAUAAAAAAUUUGGUAUCCAAUCUUUUUCAGUGCGUUUGGGUCAGAAGCGGGUAUUCUGGAUUUGUGUUUCACUUCUUGAAAUGGCUUAUGGAGUUGCCCUUCUUGUUGGAGCAGCAUCUCCAUGCCUCUGGAGCAAAACAGCCACGGGUCUGGGACAUGCCAUUCUGGCUUCAGUCCUCUGGUAUCAAGCCAAGUCUGUAGAUCUGAAAAGCAAGGCUGCCAUAACAUCCUUCUAUAUGUUUAUCUGGAAGCUAUUUUAUGCGGAGUACUUCCUCAUACCUUUAGUUAGAUGAGGAUGCAAUGGCAUUUUUGACUUAAAGAAAUGGCGCCGGAUGUCUUACAUACCAGACUUGAGUUUGUACUAUACUAGUUUAAAUUGACAAUGAC